CUAGUUUGUUGAAGGAACAAUAUGGGCCAAUGGCGCUCAGCGCUGAGCAGCUGAGCUACUAACUUCAGAAUACAAAUCCCUGUCAAACUUUGGUAUCCUUGAUAUCCUUGUCCUUUGACGUUCAAUGCAUUUACAGCAGAUUCCCUGAUUCGCAUAGCGUUGGCUAGCGCGCCCCAUUAGGAAAGCUCCUCUAGCUAGCAGCUGAGGUUGUGUUAAAUCCGUCCAGCUACGCGGCGUCCACUGCACGGCGGGUCGUCCAUAACAUCCUGCAACGUUCCAAGAAUGGCUGCACAUCAGGAGUCCGCCCCGUCUGAUGACCUCUUGAAAGGCACUAUCGUAAAGGCGGGAGGACACAAUCUCAAUGUGGUCAACAGAGGAAAGGGCCCAGCAGUUCUCAUGCUGCAUGGCUUUCCCAACUCCUCAACACUCUACAAGCAUCAGAUUCCCUUCUUGGUGGACCAUGGUUUCCAGGUUAUCGUGCCUGAUCUCCUGGGCUUUGGUGGGAGUGACAAGCCUCAGGAUGUGGAGCCCUACACUCUGGACAACCAAGUCACCAUGCUGAAAGAGGUUCUGGACCAACUAGGCGUAGACAAGGCGGUGGUCGUGGGGCAUGACUGGGGCGCCGGCUUGGCGUGGCACUUUGCAGCGUUGGCCCCUGAGAGGACGACCCGCCUUGUCGCACUAUCCGUAGGCCAUCCGGCCCAGUACUUCAAUACGGGCGAGCAGCAACAGCUUUCAUGGUACAUGCUUAUCUUUCUGCACGAGGGGCUGGCCGAACGAGUCAUUACGGACGGCAGCGUUCUGUCCAAGGUCACCCCUGCUUCCCAGAUGGUCCUUUUUGCCACGGACGAGUUCGUACAGAUGUUUGCUGACCUGGCGAAGCCGGGGAACGCCACAGCAGGCCUCAACUGGUACAGGGCAAACGUCACGCCCGAGAAGAUGGUGGCGGGUUACAUCACGCAGACGCCCCCGGUGGAAGUAGAUACGCUCAUGAUCUGGCCGACCGGAGACCAUUAUGCCUGCUGCGAGGCCCAGGCGAAAGGCUCUGAGGCCUUUGUAAAGGGGCGCUUCAGGUACGAGCGUGUUGAGUGCGACAGCCACUUUGUCACGUGGAGUGCGCCCGACAAGGUUAAUGAGCUCUUGCUAGGAUUUUUGACGGAGUCCUAAUCCUCAUCUGAAAGCCGCGUUUGUGAUGCCCUUCGUCUACUAAAUGAGCGGAUACAUUUUUGCCACUGAGCAUUGUAAAUACACUGAGAGAUACAUAGGGAUGUUGGUUUUGAAAUGAUCCAUCAUCUUUUGUGGAAGUGAGUUGAGAUUCCAACUUGAGAGUGUGUAAGAGAUGUACGAUUGCGCAAGCAGUUUACAGCGUACUGACUGUCUUUGUCACCAUUCGGAAAUAAACCGGUCUCAGACGUACACUUGACCGUUGAACAUAGCAGUGAAUCGACAAUCAGGAGCCUUGGAUCCGUAAAGUUGACUCGCGUUUUGUUAAUGGCAUCCUCUGUCGUGCCAUUGCGCGUAGGCGCUCUGCAGUUUUCACAACGUACAGCUCCAUUAUA